AUGAUGGACAUGUCCUUGAAGAAACCCGAAAAAGACGUUGCUUCGAGCUUUUCUUCGGCGAAAAGUGGGAAAUUUCGACAUGCACUCCUCAAGACCGCUUCCGGGCGCCCGAUGUUGGUUGACAGAGAUCUACCCGUGCCCCCAGUCCUUAGUCGACAAGUCAGCGAAAGCCAAUUACGGAAACCAGAAGAAGGCAUGAACAGCUACGAGAACAAGUCAAAGAUUGCCAUUCCAUCGAGGAAGUACUCGCCUUCCCAGAUGCAAGACAAUCCUACACCGACUGUCAGCCAACAUCUCAUGGAGACUACGACAAACGUCGACCCCUACUUUCCCCGGGAAACCGUCUGCGUUGAUCCUUUGAUCCAUCCGGACGAGUCUCACACCAAGGUCCACCACCGUGGUAUCCUCAAAGGUGCCGACUUUUGCGAUACCGGCGUGCCUGGACAACCUAUUCCACAGCAACCAGAGAACACGACGUCUAGCUCCUCAUCAUCGUCAUCAUCUGCCUCGUCGGAGGCUGAAAUUGUUCUUGCCAAGGUUCGCCGAGCUAUGACUGGAGAUGAUCUCUGUCUCUCCACAGUCGAAGUCACCGUCCCAAAGCACGAUGGACACAGUCAUGCUAUGAAGGUUCGGCCAGCUUUCAAUCUGCCAACCUUCCAGUACCCCAACGCAGGCCGCCAACAGCAUUCUCCGCUCGGAGUUUCCAAGGUACGGCCGUUUGACCCAGCCAUGGAACAUUUAUUGCCUGAAGGAGAUGUCAAUAGAUCAACAGAAACCGAAGCUCCUCUCGGAGUUUCAAAGGUCCGGCCAUUUGACCCAGCCAAGGAACAUUUGCUGGCCGAAGGCAAUGUCAAUAGAUUGACAGAAACCGAAGAGAGCAGCAGUAAAUCGAUCAAUGUACCAGUCUCCAAAGUCCGACCCUUUGCCCAAGAACCCCCUGAGCUGAAUCAUCACGCUGGACAUCAAGGUGUGUCAAAAGUCCGGCCCUUCAGUGACGAAUCCGACAACAACAACAACAACAACAACAACCGAAAAGACAAGGAUGCCUAUUUCGCCGUCGGAUCAGAUGAGUCGGUAAGUGAGGGGCCCGCCAGAGUCACUAAGCCGCGUUCAGAGAGCACGACUCGCUCCCGAUCAAGCACUAUUGACUACAAGCGUACCGCUCAGUGGCUCCGACAUCUACUGAAGAACCCCGAAACGCAUACGGCUAAGUUGACGGAGAGACCGUUCAAGGCGAAAAGAGCGUCCUAUGCUUCUCUGAAGAGCUCCCAGGAACAAAGUUCAGUCUCUCGGAAGAUGACUCGUCAACCGACGCUUUCACCUACCGAUGUUGAGCAGGGCUUCUUCCAAAGCACUUUUGGGGAGCUAGAACGUCUUCUUCAAGAAGCUUUAGCACUGGCAUCUCGAGUUGCUGACGACGAAGAGGCAAAGUCUCCAGAGUCUGGAAACGAUGUCUCGAAGGAAGCCGCACCUUAUGAUCACUCCUUGCAGUUUUCUGAGGUCGACUUGAACGAUGACGGUAAAGCAAAAGACCCAAAGUACAAGCGCGCUGCUACGUUUCCGUAUGCUGGGCGGCCUGAAAUCCGCGCGGUAGACGAUCUUUACCGCAACAUUUCUCUUACUCCGCAGACGGCAGAGCUUGAGAACAUGCUUGACCGCAAGAAAAGUUCAGUUGGCAAGAAGAACAAACGCAGACACAAAUCACGAUCCCGACAAGCUGGGCCUGUACCAGACAGAGUUUCGAGCAGGAAAAGGAGCAAAAGGAGCAAGGUGGUAAAGAAGUCGAAGCGCACAAAGCCGAAGCAGAUCGUCGAGCAACUCCCGACAGAUUCAGAGUCUAGCAUGGACGGAUCCAAUGACUCCUCUGCAGUCAACUUUCCGACUCGAAAGCAAGCUCAAGGCAGCAGCGGGCCAACUCGACCUCGAGCAAGCACGAAACGGGUACCCUUUCUAUCUCGCAACACAGGCGAGGACAAUCUUCCUCAGGAGGACUUGAGUGGGCGCCCGAUUCGUACCCCACGAGGGAUCAGCUUACGCGGCAAGUCUCAUGUCAGUCUGCGUGGUGUACAGGCCUUCAAUCUAGCCAAGUCGAAACGGCGUCAGCCCAUCGCCCGAGACUGGUCACCAGCUCGGAAGAGGGCCAUCGCAACUGUAGCUUGCAUCAGUACAGCACUUAUCGGUAUGAUCAUCGGCAUCUACGCCGGACUAGUACCCUCACUGCAGUACUAUAUCCUAGAUACAAGCCACUCGAUCAUCAACGGCAAUGUGGGUUGCUUUCUUGGGAUGGCGAUUCCCACUUUCUUUUGCUGGCCACUUCCUCUCGUUCACGGGCGUAAGCCAUACAUCACGACUGGUUUGAUCCUAUCCAUGCCACUUCUUUUCCCCCAAGCUCUGGCUAGAAUGGUGUUGUUGGUACCGCGAGGCUUCAUGGGUAUCUGCCUUGACCUUUUCGGCGCAUCUCUCAUGAGCAGCAAUCCUCAUCAAGAGGUUGUGGAUGACGCUGAUGUAAGGAGGCACGGAGGAGGUAUGGGUGUCUGGCUCGGUGUCUGGACAUGUUGCUACAUUGCCUCCCUCAGCUUUGGCUUCCUCAUUGGCGCUGCGGUGAUCGAUCAACUUCCACCAGACUCCGGUUUCUAUGUCAGCAUCGCUUUGACCGCAAUCGCGCUUUUGCUGAACAGUCUCUGUCCAGAGGUGCGUCGUUCGGCGUUCCGACGAUCGGUUGUGGAAGUCAGAAGUGGGACGGAUAUCUCUCGGCGUGUUGCUCGCGGCGAGAUCAUGAUGCAUCGCGUCAAAACUGGACCCAAGUGGUGGGGCCAGGAGUUGUAUCAUGGUGUCGCACUUUGCUUUGAGAUGCUUCGACAACCUGGUUUCGCUGUCAUGGCCAUUUACUCUGGUUGGAUUUACGCCCAAGUGGUUCUCAUUAUCGUCUUGUUGGGCUCACUGACCUCAAGGUUUUACCGAAUGCGAUCACCCUUCGUUGGACUCAUGGUAUCUGCAAUAGCAUUUGGCGCACUCGCUGCUAUCCCAUUCCAAAAGGCCAGCUACUUCUCCAGAGCGAGACAUACCCAGGUAAACACCAGCCGCAUGACAUUCGACAAGCAGGUAACAUGGACAUCUCACCUCCUUCGCCGAUCCAUAUUCGCCAUUGGCCUCCCACUGGCUGGGAUCAUCUACACAUUGGUUUCGACUGGUCCACCGAUGCAUCCAAUUGCACCCGCCAUCGUCGCCGCUGCAAUCGGUUUUCUUUCGUGCCUGGCAAUCUCAGAAUGCAACGGACUCAUCAUGGAAACCUUUGACACUUCGGAUCUGCAAUCUGGAAUGACAGGCCGGCCUCGAGGCAAUUCAGACAAUGCACAAAAGAGGAAAAACUACUCUGCCUACCCUCGCGUGACUGCAGGGUUUGCCGUUUGUCAUACCUUGGGGUUCAUUUUCGCCGCUGGAGCAACUGCACUAGGCGGCACGGCCCAGCGAAAUCUCGGUCAGAGAGCAGCAACCGGAGUUGUAGCCGGUAUCUUGUUCAUUUUGACACUGAUACUGACCUUGACCCUGAUUCGAUUCAAGGAGGUCACGAUCAUUCCGGAGAGCAAGACGGAGGCGAUGGACAGGUGGACAGCUGCGCGCAGAGAAUCUAUCAAACGCCGCGAUUCAAUGCCAACCGGGGUGAUGGACGACAAAGAUGUCAUCGCCGAAGAAGAGCCAUGGCGUCCGUUUAUUGUUGGUAACCCCACCAGCAAAACACGGCGAGUCAACGUCCUUGAGCUCGACGCUAACCAGCACCUGAACCGAGCGGCUUUCGAUGCUGGGAUAGAUGCACUUGAUGAUCAGAUCAGCGAUGUCAUGAGCGAUAUCGUUGAUGAUGUCAAAGAUCUCGUGAGAAGAGGCAGUCAGAGGAGUCAAAGGAGCCAACGGAGUCAACGAAGCCAGCGAAGCCAACAUAACCGGACCUCGCGUUCGCGGCGGAACCAUCGAAGUGCGACGAGCGAUGGGAGUGGCCACUCCUCCAUUGAAAUGACUUCUUUGGAGGACGUAAUGUCAGGUGGUCAUCGGCCCCGAAUGCCUGAAGACGUAUACAAUGAACGAGAAUGCCUCAGAGGUCAAACAGUCAAGGAAGAGUGA